AUUCAACUAAAACAAUACGGAAGUUGCACAGAACUCUGCCUGUCAACAAGAAAGACGACAGAAAGGAUUGUCUUCCUGAAAGACAAGUCAGUGACGAUGGGGUCAUUCUGCAAGGAGGACUGAGGGAUCUGACCUAGAUGUUUUUCUAUUCUACUUUUCUUUCUUUUCAACUCUUCUUUUUCUUUCAUGAGCACCUGUAUUUCAGAGGAGCACUAUCGUCAGAAUGACUGCCUCUUUCAACCUUUGUGUCCUCAACGUUUUGUUUGUAACUGCCUACAGCAGCCUGGAGCUGGCCUCCAGUACUGCUCAUUGUGGACAAUCUCCCCAAGUCCUGGAAGCCCCGAGGGGAGAUAUCAGAAGCUCCGUCCACCACAGCUGGUCCUAUCGCCCACGGCCGUUCAACUGUAGUUGGAUUAUCAAGGCACACGUAGGAGAGCCCGUUAUCCUCAGUUUCUCCCAUUUUUCUACACGCUGUAAGAAGGAAUGGGUCUCGGUGACGUCAUCAACUGGCAAGCCCAUUACCUUUUGUGGUUCCGACCUGCCAAAGCCCAUGGAGUUGAUGGGGGGGAACAUUACAGUGACACACCACUUCCUGCCACACUUAUUCCCCGUCUCUGCAUUCUGCCUGGGCUACGUCAGAGACUCUGGUGAAUGUCCGGUGGUGGACUUUGAGUGUUUGGGCGGGCGCUGCCUGCCCUUGUCCUGGCGCUGUAACGGCCGGACGGAGUGUCUGGGUGAAGGGAUGGGGCUGGGAACAGACGAGCAGGACUGUGACGGAGAGAUCGAGAUCCUGGAUCCUGAGCACGACAAAGUAGUGGCGACCACCACCACACCAGAUUCCUACAUAGAGAGGGAGGGGGAGACAGGAAGAGAGAAGAACGGGGGGAGGGAUUGGGAAACGGCACCGGUUGAGGUGGAGAAAGAGGAGAAGGAAGUAGAGGAGGAUGGGGACUACACCAAGGUAAAGGAGACAGAUAAUCCUAUAGAGGACUACUGGGAGUUCCUGCCUCGUCAACUCCCCAGCCCCGAGCCUCAUAGAGCCCACCCCAGUCCCGGUGUGACCCGGGCCCCCAUUGAGUGGCCAUGUGGCGGCCUCCUCCAAACCUUCUAUGGGACGUUCGCCCCUCCUUCCAUCAAGGGCCCCCCUCUGUUCUGUGUGUGGACCCUGGACCCCCAGGACUCCAGGCCUCUGAAGCUGGACCUGCAGCUGCUGGAACUGGGGCCUGGAGACACGGUCACCAUCACCAACAGACAGCAGGGCACCGGGGAGCUCAUCAAAACUAUCACCAGCGAGUCCAGUUACAAAGCCAUCCAGGUCGAGUCCCGGACCGGGCUUCUCUCCCUGACCUAUCGCACGCUCCCCGGCUCAGAGGGGCUGGGCUUCAACGCCACCUACCGUGUCGGGGGCUACUGCCCCCCCUGGGAGGGUAAAUGUGGGGGUGCCGCGGGGGGCUGCUACACCCAGGAACAGAAGUGUGACGGGCGCUGGGACUGUCCUGAGACAGGGCAUGAUGAGGCGGGAUGCAGGGGGUGUCCCAGGGACCAGUUUGCUUGCGGAGGGGUGGGGCAGCGGGCGGUGCUGGCGGGUCAUAACUUCAUAGGGCGUCCGGUGUGCUUCCCUGCCAAGGAGAGGUGUAACUACCAGCUGUACUGUGCUGACGGGAGCGACGAAAAAGACUGUACCAUAUGUCAACCUGGGACCUUCCACUGCGACAGCAACAGGUGUGUGUUUGAGAGCUGGAGUUGUGACGGCCAGGUGGACUGUAAGGACGGGACAGACGAGAUGAACUGCACCAUGACCCUGCCUCGAAAGGUCAUAACCGCGGCAACCGUGGGCAGCCUGGUCUGUGGGCUGCUGCUGGUCAUCGCUAUGGGCUGCACCUGCAAGCUCUACUCACUGCGGACCCGAGAAUACAGUAUGUUUGCGCCAAUCAGCCGCCAGGAGGCGGAGCUAAUCCAGCAGCAGGCCCCUCCCUCCUAUGGUCAAUUGAUCGCCCAGGGCAUCAUCCCUCCAGUGGAGGACUUCCCCACGGAGAACCCCAACGAGUCUUCCUCUCUUUCUCUGAGAGGUUUUCUCCAGCUUCUCAGACAGGAUACUUCUAACUCUCCACGACGCCGACGCCGUCCCCGAUUCAUCCGCCGGGCUGUCCGUCGCAUGCGGAGAUGGGGCCUAAUCCCCAGAUCCGCCUCCAGGCCCUCCCAGCCAUCCAGCUCUGCCCCCCAGAUGACAGAGGCCCCCUCCACUGGUGUGGAUCCCAGUCAAUCAACUCCCGCCACCACCUCAUUGGCUGUGGAAGCCGUCAAUCUGCCAUUGCCACAGAAACUAGGCUUGCUCCCACAGACAGUGCAGUACCAGCCACCACCACCCCCCCACUUCCUUCCUCCACCCACUCUACUCCCUCCACCCAUUGUCUCUACCCCAGCCACCCCUCAGAGCCCUCCGGUGGCUGUCCCCCCCACACCCAGCAGCCCCUCCCUAGCCUCUCUCUUCCACUCUUUGGGGCGCACUAUCUCUCGCUUCCGCUCCUCCCCUUCCUCCUCCCCCACCAACUCACUGCCCCUCUCCACAUCCCCCUCUUUCUCUUCCUCCUCUUCGGAGGACGAGGUGCUACUUAUCCCCCUCUCCGAGGACACAACCCCAGAGGACGACGUGCCCCUGCUUACACUCGACCCCUGACUUGAUCCAACACCCCUUCCCUAAAUGAGGACUCAAGCACAGGAGCACUGCAAGGCUCUCUCUCUCUAUCUCUAUCUCUAUCUCUAUCUGUGCUGGUCUGGUCUGGUGCCUUGGAAUUGCAUUGGGUUGGAUGGUUUGAACUGACUAAAGGAAUCUAAUAUUCAAUGCUUUUAUGUUAUUGAGUGUGGAACCUCCUAGAGAAAGUGUGUGUAUUUGUGUGUUGGAUGUGCACUUAUCCAGAUAUAGUCUGAAAGAGGUGAACUUUGCACAGAAAAUCUCUGCCUCAUUAUCUAAUUUAAGCAAUUAGGCACCUCUGGGGUUUGUGGUAUAUGGCUAAUAUACCACGGCUAAGGGCUGUUCUUAUGCAGGACGCAACACGAAGUGCCUGGAUACAGCCCUUAG